GUUCCUGUGGUCGCUCGGCUUUCCCGACGCCCGGCUACAGCCACGGUCAAAGGACUCGUUCGGCAAUUGCAGGGCGUUGGAUGCGUAACGAAGCCGCAAACCUUAUUGCUUUUGUUAAGGAUUUUCUGGCACGGAGGCUCCGCGAUGUGAUCAACAUUCAGCUUGUGCUCAGGAAAAUGCUGAGAAAAGGGUAUUAUCUUAAUGCCAAGACAUUUUCAGUUGUUUUUAGUUGUUUUUGUAAAUCAGGAAGGCUAGCGGAGGCAUUGCAACUAUUGGGCCUGAUGAUUUCACUUGGCAUUCCUACUACAGUUGGGGUCUGGAGUAUUCUGAUUGAUGGGUUCUGUAGGUCUGGGAAACUUGUUUUCGCAGCUUAUUUAUUGGAGAAGAUGGUUGAGACUGGGUGUUCACCCAAUGUUGUAACAUGCACUUCUUUAAUUAAGGGUUUUAUGGAAUCCCAUAUGCCUGAAAGGGCAAUACAUAUCCUCCGUGCCAUGGAAUCUAAGGGAUGUUCCCCGGAUUUGGUUCUUUGUAAUGUCUUAAUAGAUUGUUUCUCUAAGAUGGGGAUGCAUGAUGAGGCACUUGAUCUCUUCUGUAGUUUGCCAGAUCGAGAACUAAUACCUGACUCUUAUACUCUCUGUUCUAUAAUCUCAGCUCUCUGUUUAUCCAGACAAUUUACUCUUCUACCCAUUCUAAUCGGUGGAGGAUUUCCCAUACAAGCUGACCUGGUGCUCUGUAACUCCCUUCUAAGUUUUUUUUGUAGAGCUGGUUAUCCACCUGGUGCGAUUGAGUUUUACAAUGACAUGAUAGAUAGAGGUUUUCUUCCUGAUGGGUAUAGUUAUUCUGGAUUACUGAGUGGACUCUGUGGAACAGGAAGGAUUGGUGAAGCAGUUAAUGUUUACCAUGCAAUUGUCACAAAUCGCCUUUGUCUUGACCCUCACCUUCAUACUGUAAUCAUAGACGGGCUUAUAAACUAUGGUAAGUUUCACAGGGCUAUCCAGUUAUUUAGGAAGGCUGUUCUGGAGAAAUACCCACUUGAUGUUGUUUCAUACACAGUGGCCAUCCGUGCAUUUUUUAGAGGUGGUAGGACUGUGGAGGCUUGUAGUUUGUACAACCAGAUGAAGGAGAUUGGUGUACCCCCAAAUGCGCAUACAUAUAAUGUAAUGCUCUUUGGUUUUUCUAGGGAAAGAGACAUAAGAAUGAUUAGAGAAAUCCUAAAAGACAUGGCUGAAGCAGGUUUUGAACUGGACAUUAGUAGAUUUCAUAUGAUUAAGAAUCUCCUCAUGAAAUCAUGCUACUCUCAUUCAGCCUUUGAUCUUUUCUUUGACAUGUGCACUUCAGAGUUGAUUACUGAUAAGGCUAUGGGCGCACUCCUGCUCAAAGGGCAUGCUCUUGGCUUGAACAUAGAUGGUAAUGUGGUCAAUAUUCCAGAAGUUGACACAUCUGACUCUGAUGACAUAUCUAAUGUGGCUGCUGCAGUGGGUUAGAUAUUGCUGUCAAUUUUUUAUUAUAUCUAAGAAGACUGUACAACUCCUAUUCUACGAAGCUUGUUAAGCCACCAAUGAAAUUAGCCAUGCCAAGCUCCUCAAGUAAUUGGUGGUCAUUUGAAGUUGUUGGUUUCGUGAAGGAUCAAGCUUAGGAACAGAUAGCAGAACAGAUAGAGGACAAGUCUUUCGUAAUUGGUAUUCAUGAGAAGUGUAUUCUGCACGUGCUGGAUCUGGAUUGUAAAAUCCUUGAGAAUGAUGAUGAUACAAGUUGCCUGGGCAACAUUUGGUAUUGAGGCAAAGCCAUUCUGCUAAAACUGCAAACCCUUGGUCAGGACUGGUUCCUGACACUGUCAUUACUGCUACUGCAUAUGAUAGGUGAACGUGAUUGUCUAGACAAGUAUGAACAGCCAGGCAAGCUCCCAUACCGGAGAUGGUAGGGUAGCCUUUUACUGGGAUUUUUGUCGAGUUCAUCACAUAAACUUGGGCUCACCAAAUUGAUAAUGGUAUGCAAAAUGCGUGCAAGCAAGUCAAUGGUUAAAUGACCCGAAUGUGGUCAAAUCCACUGUUAUUGAAACUGGAAGUGAAGAUUGGAGCAGUGAGGUAAAUGAUUUGCGGUAGUAAAUUCAAGAAUGGGAUGAGACAUGAUAGAUUGUUUAGGGGAUGCAGAGCAGUUCAAAAUGAAUACUUGAUUAAAAAAAAAAAAAAGAAGUGCUUGUAAGAUUUGUUUAGUAUUAUGUAUUGCCAUUGCCUUUAAUAUAUUGGUCUUCUCAUUGAUUAACAGGGGAAGAGAUUUUCAUGUCUCUCUCUAAUAUGAUCAA